GCAAAUCGCAAAUGUACUAAGCUUAAAAGACACAAUUACCCCUAAUGGUUUCAUAGUAUAUCAAAACUACCCUUUAUAUCGUCGGCGUCCCCACAAAAACCCAACGAUCACUUUCUCCAACAAAAGAAAAAAAAAACAAAAAAAAAACUUGGAGCACCUAAAAACUAUCUCGACAAAUUCUACACGAAAUCUUGAUAGAUUGAUCACAAGACAUGAUUUUUAUCACUGUUGCGAACACAAAGCUCACUAUGCUCCCUCAUCACCACCAUCUUAGUGACGUAGCAAACAAAAACAGAGUAUCCAAAUCUGUCAACAAGAUUGCAAACUCGUGGACUCACAAAACCCCAAGAAAAAAGCUUUGGUUAUGGCAGAAAAGCAUUGUCAACUAGAAACUAUCUUUAAUUGAUAGAAACCAAGACUUCCCAGACACAGUUAUUUUAUUAUACUCUGAUACAUACCACUGCAAAGCUAAGGGAUUGUGUGAUUGGUAUAGCGCAGGAAACUUUUUGUGGACCUGGUGCUAAUAGUAGAACAGAGGUUUUUGUUUGGCUGUUUGUGUUGUUUGUCUGCUUCUUGUAUAUAUUUCUUGUGAGAGGUGAGUCUCUAUAUUUCUAUCUCCACAUUGUCAACUUCCCUCCAAAGAAAGCUUAUCUUUUUCUUGGAUUAGCCACAAGAGAUGGCUCUGGAGUCUGCUUUCUCCGCGAGUUUCUGCUCCUUCCCUUUCCCAAAAGCAAUCACCAUUGAGAGAGAAACCUUAUCCUUUCGCCGAAUCAUUACCUCGGGAGCCAAGGGAAUUGCAGGUGAGGGUGAAGUUCAAAACUUAAGGAUAAGCACUGAUGUCAAAAGGGUUUUCAAGAAAGAGAAAGCUGAGACCCAAGCUCUCAAUAGUGGCAGAGUAACAUCAAGAAGACUUUCAGGAUCAGUACUGGAAGAUAAGCAGGAGAUCUCAGGACAGAAGAAAGCUAUUUUAGAUAGAAGCAAGGCCGUAGUGAAGCUGAAAUCCUUAGGAAAAGAAGUGAGAGAGGCAGGCUAUGUACCAGAGACAAAGUAUGUUCUUCAUGAUAUUGAUGAAGAAGCUAAAGAGAGAGCAUUGAUGCAUCACAGUGAACGGUUAGCUAUUGCGUUUGGGCUUAUAAACACGCCUCCUGGGACGACGAUAAGAGUGAUGAAGAAUUUGAGGAUAUGCGGAGAUUGCCACAACUUCAUUAAGGUGUUGUCGAGUAUUGAAGGUAGAGAGUUCAUUGUAAGAGAUAACAAGAGGUUUCAUCAUUUUAGAGAUGGUAGUUGCUCUUGUGGAGAUUAUUGGUAGAAAUUUUUUGUUAUAAAACAUUUUCAAACUGAACAAUCAAAUCAACGUAAUUUUACAAAACA